AUGGUUUUGGUUAAUAAUCAUUUUGUUGGAAAUAAUUUAUCAGAAGAUAUAUUAUUGAAGGAUAUAGAAAUAACUAAUAAUGAUGGACAUGUUAAUUUUUCAGCUUUAAUAGAAUAUUGUACUCAAAACAAAGCAUACACUUCUAAAAAUAUUUUAGUGUCACAAGUAGUUAACAAUCUCAAUAGUAAUGACAAUCAACCAAAAUCAUGUUUAAUAAGAUGGGGAAUUAGAAAGAGAUUAGACAAUAUAAAUCAAAUAACUCAAGAUAUUGGAUUGAAGCAACUAAAUUUAAAUAGUUCUGAAUCACCUUCUAUACCAGCUAUCACCAUUGCAAAUAUCUCAUCAAUAUAUCCAGCAAUUAAAGGAGGAUUUGCCUUUGCACUAAUUAAUUCUAAAAUCCAUCUUGUCCAAUUUCUAGCAUUAUAUUAUCACUCAACUACAGGAAAUUAUCAUUCUUAUGCAAAAGAACCAAUAACUGAUGUUGAUAUUAUUUCAAAUGUUUCCUGUAAACUGGUGAUGGAGAAGGAGGUAUCAACAAGAGGAGAAGUAAAAUUUGAUAAUGAUAAAAUACAGAUUUUAAAGAGAAAACUUCGUGAAAUUAUGCAAACUAUGCCAUCACCACCUAAUACUAAGCAAGAAAAAAGAGGAUUUCAAUUGAUUUUUUCUAAGAUUUUUUCACCAACCUCGUUGAGUUGGAUGGCUGCAAAUUAUACUUUUUUCUAA